AUGGAUCUGAGAAGUUUGAUGAACACGUCAGACGACGGGGACCGACCUCGAGCCGCAGCCGCCGCCGCCGCCUCAGCUGCUGCCACCGCCGCCUCCGCUGGCCCUCCGCCGGGCCAUCCUGCUCAUGCCCAAGCCCACGCUCGCGCUCACGCUUCUUCUCAGCCUCUUGCGCCGAAGCAGCAGCAGCAGCAGCAGCAGCAGCAGCAACCACAACAACAGCACCCACACCCGCACCCGCAGCAUCAGCCGCAUCUGCAACAUCAAUCGCAUCCGCAACACCAAUCGCCGCCGCAGCUGCCCUAUCAACAGCAGCCUCCGACGACGCCUUCGCAGGCCACGACGGCCUACGCAUUUAGAGAAUCAGCCUACAGUCACGCCUUGCACUCGUCCCCCGGGAAACCGCCAGCUCCCCAAGAAUACGCUGUUCAUCCCCAGGUCACCACUCCGUCGUAUCCCCCACAGUCGCCUUAUCAGACUCCCGGCCCCUAUCCCGGCCGACCAGCACCGCCGCCACUUCAGGCAGGCGUUGCCGCUCCUUACGCCGAUGCGCGGUCUCCUCAGAGUGCGUCCAUGUCCGGGCCGUCCCCGUAUCGUCACACACCAACAUCUUCAGUGAGCGGACCCGGCGGAGGCUACCCUUUCCCUCCCACUGGUCCGCCCCAGGAAGUUGCCAGCCCUGUGCAACGACACCAAUACCCACCACCCAACGCGUAUCCCCCGAGAGAGAGUUAUUCUCAUCCAUCUGGUGCAACGGCGCCUUCUCCAUACACUCAGCAGCAGCAGCAGCAGCAGCAGCAGCAGCCGCCUCCGCCUCAGCACAUGCCCCAAACUCCGCCCAUCGGCACCCCUGUCAGCGCACACCCGUACCUCCACCAGCGCUCGCAAUCAACGCAUUCAACCCCUACUCCUACCUCUGCCCAUAGUCAACACCCGCAGCAGCUCCACGGUCAAGCAUAUCCUCACGGCAGUCCUGUGGCGACGGCGCAUCCGCCGCCCGAGUACGUUCGGCAGCUUUCGCAGCCUCCUACCCCACUGGGCCCGCCCCCGACCGGGCCUCGACAAUCCUCCACUGCACCGACCUUUGCGCAUCCGCAAAGUCCCUAUCAACAGAGACUGUCCGCCUCGCACCUCGCUCAAGCCACACCUCCACCACCGCCACCUCGCAUCCCCAGCUCCCACAGCGGCCACGAACGAAGAUCAUUGUCACAAAGCGAACGCGACAGAAGUGUUAGCGUCAGUCCCAAGACCCGCAUCCCGAGUUUGCCGAGCAGCGUCGGUGGACAUACAGAUUCAGAGGCGCGGCCGCAUCUGAGUGUCGCCAACAUGGUGGAACCCGAACGCGAACGCGCCACGACGCCCGCCAAGAGAAAGCUUGCCGACAGAGAUUUGAGCCCGCGAGAACUCGAGCGGAAGGAGCCAAGGCCUCCGCCUGCCGAGGUGAAUGGCGGCCCCAGGCUCUCCCGGUCGCCCAUUAUCCAGCGAAAGAGGAAAAUCCACGCGACGCCUCCCAUCUGGGCUCAAGCAUGGAACGCCCGAGAAAAUAAAAGGCUCAAGCUGGCCAAUUUUGAGCUUCAAAAACGAGGACCACCCAGCAUCAAUGGCAAGCCCGAGCCUGCCAAGCAGGACAGCACCAGUCGACACACCUCGCCAGAGGCAGCGCGAUCCACUGCGCCACCUGUUCAGGAACCGCCCAAGCCCGAUAGUUUGCUUGGUCCGUGGGAGGAGAGCAUUCUCGGCACUCGACCGUCCGAGGAGCUAUCCAAAACGAUUGCCGAUUUUCUCUUCAAGAAUGUCACGCUCCACCCCGACUCUGGGGAGAUCCUAGGGCGAGGCGUGCAGUUCGAGAUCGAGGCUAAAAUGGGUCAGCUCAUCGAUAGAGAUACCAACGAUCGUGUCGAGAGGGCAAUUGGCUCGGAAUGUGUCCUGCAUGACACCGGCCGUCUUGCUUUCAGAAGCAGCAUGACGGAGGCCCAGCACAAAGGCCUCAACGAUUUCCUGAACAGCAUGGUAGUCCAGACAGACCCGCGAAACCCCAACGCCCGAGGCCGAGUCCAGAUACAAUACAAACAUCGGCGGGAGAUUGACAAGUUUUACGAACUGCCUAAUGCGCUGCAGGCUCGCCUGCCUGGCUGUGUUAGAUCCCUCCUGUCGGGCAGGCGGUCCAUCAAGGUCCGCGUCACAUACGACCAGAAGACGCAACAAGUCCUGGCCAAGAUUGUCAAGGCCAGAGUAGCCGAUAUCCACAUACACCUGCCGACGUGCCCGCUCGACUGUCGUAUCAGCAUUAAUCUUGAAAUGGCAUGGGAUGGAUCUGUUGAGGAGCUGGAAAGCAUGGCCGUUGGACACGCGGACAAGUUUCCCGACCGAAACAAGGAUCGCCUGAGUUACAAGCAGAAUCACUAUCAGAUUGACUUGACACAGGUGACGCAGACGAUGCCUGGUCCUGGGAACACACAUCGGAUCGACAAAGAGCACGAGCUUGAGGUUGAGCUAUCGCCAGAUAUCGUCAUUGACCAACAACGCCGUGCCAUGAGAAACGAGCCGCAUCAAUACCAACAACUCGUCGAUGCGUUUGUUGACAACGUGCGCGUCCUCGCCCGGAAGAGUCGUGAAUUUGUCUAG